CCAUCUCGUUCAUCUUCAUCAUCAUCAUCUCCCUGUUUAAUUAUAUAUAUAUAAGGGUUCUGCGCAUUCCUAAAAACAAGGCCAACCAGAGAGAGCCACAUAGAGUUUGAGUGGUUUCUAGUGGUCUCUGUGUGCUGCUUUUCGAUGGCUUUACUUGUCGCUGAAGCUACUGCACUUUUGAACAAGUUAUUUCUGUGUUUACUUGUUUGCCUCUGCUUGCUCUCUUCCUUUCAAGCUAGUAGCAAGAAUUUCAAUCCAUACAGGUACCCAUUUAUCAAACCAGCAAGCUCAUUCUCCUCCUCCUCCUCCUCGUCGUUCUCAUCGAGAAACGGUGAAAAUGGAUAUGAUUACAUAAUUGUGGGGGGAGGCACAGCGGGAUGCCCAUUAGCUGCCACACUCUCUCAGAAAUUCAGUGUGUUACUGCUGGAAAGAGGUGGUGUGCCUUUCAACAAUGUGAAUGUCUCAUAUUUGAGCAACUUUCACUUGACUUUAGCCGACACUUCACCAACUUCUGCCUCCCAAUAUUUCAGUUCUACCGAUGGUGUCCUCAAUUCAAGGGCUAGAGUGUUGGGUGGUGGCUCCAGCAUCAAUGCUGGCUUCUACACCAGAGCAAAUGCACGGUUUAUUAAGAGAGUGGGAUGGGAUCAUAAGCUAGUGAAUGAGUCAUAUCAAUGGGUGGAGAAACAAAUUGUCCACCGGCCUGAUCUCGCACCAUGGCAGAAAGCACUAAAGGACAGUCUUUUGGAUGCUGGGGUGUCACCUUUUAAUGGAUUCACAUAUGACCAUCUAUAUGGAACCAAGGUUGGUGGCACCAUUUUUGAUAGGUUUGGUCGCCGUCACACUUCAGCAGAGCUACUUGCUUCUGCAGACCCCGAGAAGACUGCUGUCUUCAUCUAUGCCACAGUCCAAAAAAUUAUUUUUGAUACAUCAGGGAAGCAGCCAAGGGCAGUGGGAGUUCUAUUCAAGGAUGAAAAUGGCAACCAACAUGAGGCGUAUGUUUCAGAUAACCCAAAGAGUGAAGUGAUUUUAUCAACUGGAGCACUUGGGACACCUCAAAUGCUGAUGUUAAGUGGUGUUGGACCUAAAGCCGAACUUGAAAAAUUCAGAAUUCCUGUAGUACUUGACAAUGAGUUUGUUGGCACAGCCAUGGCUGAUAAUCCCAUGAAUGCUAUCUUUGUUCCCUCUAAUAUAUCAGUUAACCAGUCACUUAUUCAAACCGUGGGGAUCACCAAGCUUGGUGUGUACAUUGAAUCCAGCAGUGGAUAUAGCCAGUCCAGAGAUAGCAUUCAUUGUCACCAUGGAAUCAUGUCAGCAGAGAUUGGACAGCUUUCUACCAUUCCUCCAAAGCAAAGAACACCCGAAGCCGUUCAAGCCUACAUCAGAAGGAAGAGAGAAUUACCCCAUGAGACAUUCAAGGGAGGCUUUAUUCUAGAAAAAAUUGCAAAGCCCCUGUCAAUAGGCAAGCUUACUUUGGUCAACACAAAUGUUGAUGACAAUCCAUCUGUUAGCUUUAACUACUUCAGCCAUCCACUUGAUCUGAAACGUUGUGUUGCGGGUAUUCGCAUGGCUGCCAAGCUUGUACAAUCACAACAUUUCUUAAACUACACAAAAUGUAAUAAGCAAACUGUUGAGUCGAUACUCAACGCAAGCAUCAAGGCUAAUGUUAAUCUUAUACCUAAACAUACCAAUGACACCAAGUCCCUGGAGCAGUUCUGCAGAGACACUGUGAUCACAAUUUGGCACUACCAUGGGGGGUGCCAUGUGGGCAAGGUUGUCAGCCCUGACCACGCUGUUCUUGGAAUCAACAGGCUUCGUGUAGUCGAUGGUUCUACAUUUAAUGAAUCUCCAGGCACUAAUCCACAAGGCACUGUCCUGAUGAUGGGAAGGUACAUGGGAGUGAAGAUUUUGAGAGAGAGACUAGGAAAAACAGCUGGUGUGUAGUGACCAAGACAAAAGGGAGGAAAAGAAAGCAUCUUAGCCAAUUUCUACAAAUUACAGCCAGAUUGAAAUGAUUUUAAAAAAAAAAAUCAUUGCCACUUCUACAGCUAACUCAAGUAGCUUUGCUAAUCUACUUGUGGAAAAUAGAAUUCAUUUCUUGGUAACAAAGUCUAUGUGCAUUUGACAAGCUUCUUCUCUACUUAUCUGUUUAUCCAUUUUGAACAUAGGACAGAGAUAUCCAGUGAUCUUAGUUAGCUACACUGCAAAAAAAUAUGUUGAAACCUUGCUUCAAGAACACAAUACGUUUUGUCAAUGAAUUCUAGGAUAAAUUUAUGUA